UGUUAAGGCGGAGCUACAUUCCAGCCUUAAGUGGCCUAGCCUUUUCCGAGCAUUGGAAUCUGUUGUGAGACCUUGCCUUUAGAAUCAUUUCAUAAUGUUUACUCCUGGAGGUGGAGCUGUCUAUGCACCGCCAGGCCCUAACCCCACUGCCCCACCGGUGUAUGGGAAUGUGCCUGGUUACGAGGGUUUCAUGGCUGGAGGGGCAGGUGGAUAUAUCCCUCCUCCUGCUCCUCUUCAUCCAGUGCCAACACCAGAUACUCAGCCUGAGCAGAUUGACUGGAACAUCCCUGCAAUCACAGAGGAAGCAGCACAGGCAGCCUUUCUGGAGUUUGCCGGCAGCAACUGCUGCUGGAGCAAAGCCCCUGCUAAGGACGGAGUCAUAACCAACAUGGAGGCAUUCAACACUUAUCGGUAUCGGCUGGAGACCUUCACUGAAUCCAGAACCACUGAGUGGAAAACUGAAGCAUUUACAGGUCAAACUGUGGAUGUUGGCUUGCAACCGGCCCCACCUCCCUGGGCUAUUCAAGUGCAGACGCCUGCCCUGUUUAAAGACCAUGAGGAAAACAUAAAAGUGCCCAACACUGCCUCUGUGAAGGGCUGCCACGUCUGCCAAGAGACGGGACAAACCCGGUGUGACGUGUGCACUGGCUCUGGCCAGAAACAAUGCAAUAGAUGUGAUGGCAGUGGAAAGAGGUUUCAGGAAGCGUGCGAGGACUGCAGUGGAACAGGAAAAGAGCACUGUACUGAUUGCGGUGGGAAGGGACUGCAGAAGUGUGAAACCUGUGAGGGGACGAGGCAGAUACUGAUGUUCAUCAACCUCAAGGUUACAUGGAAGAACAACCUGGAAGAUUAUGUGGCUCAGCAGUCUAGCGGUAUUCAGAUUGGGAACCUCACUUCAGUAACUGGAAAGAAGCUCUUUCACGACACUCAGUACAUGGUGUACCCAGUGCUUGGCUUCCCAGAUCCCAACUUGGCUCAGGCAUCUGAGAGGAUGGUCAGGGAGCACCAAAGCAAAUUCUCACAGUCAGCACGCAUCCAUCAGCAGCAACACACAAUUGAAUUGAUUCCUAUUACCAAGGUGGCCUACAAAUGGAAAGGCGGCACCCACCUUUUCUAUGUGUUUGGGAAUGAGUCGAGAGUUAGUGCCGAUGAUUACCCUGCCACUUGCUGUUGUGUCGUGAUGUAAUUUAUGGGCCAAUGCUUGUGGUCAGUGCUUCCUCCAAAAGUAUUUACUCUUGAAUAUGUAAAUGAAUAUGAUGAUAUGAUAUUGAUGAUAUGAUAUUGGUGUAAUGUAUAGUUUUCACUACACAAACUCUCUACUACUAUUCUUUCUUUACACUACUGUUCUCUCUUUUGUAUCUAUUUAGCAAAGGUUAGAGCUUGUUUAUCAAAUUUAGCAGUUUUCUUCAGUGCUCUAUCAGGGUAUCAAACCCACAAUGGACUCCAGUCAAUUAAAACUAAAGAAUUUCUGUUUAAUUUAGCAAAUUUCAAUUUACUGUAAGUAAACACACAGGGUAAUUGAACCACUAGUGCCAUUUGUGUUUGAAGUUGUCUGAAGAAAUAAUGUUGAAUAACCAGUAUGAUAGGAUAUAGUAAUUGAGUAAUCAUCAUGAGCUUUACAUGUCUACUAUGUGAUAUCAAGGAUUUGUUUCAAGUUGACUGUACACAGAAAACACUUUUACCUCAAACUCUUUCAGUGACCUUACCGGUUUUGGUUGUGGCGUUGUUUCCUAUGCAGCAUUUACUAUGUGUUUUUUUUUUUUUUUUUUUUUUGUUUAUCACAUUACAAUUGUAGUACAAACUGACUAUUGAGGCAUUCACUCCUUAAUACUGAUAUGCUUGCAUAUCUUAGGCAAAAUCAGAACUCAACCUUGUGAAACAAAUCAGUAAAUAGUGUAGUAUUUUGUGGCUUAAUAAUUGUCAUGCCCAUCACCCAAUUCAAUAAAUUAAUCAAUUUAGUGUCCAUAACCCAAACAGUAUAGUAAUCCAUAUUUUUAUUCUGAUUUUAUCUUCUUCGCCAUCUUCUUGAUUUUAGUAAUUAAUGCCUUAAUUAGUCACUGUCACAUGCUGUUACAAGAAUAGGUUAAAAAAAUCAAAGAUGCUGAAUUGUGUUGCUUAAGGAUUUAUUCUCUUCCAUGAGUGCCUAAAACCACGGUUCUAUCCAGUGCAUACAGAUGCAGCAUUUUGUUUAUUAAGAGCUUGUUAAACACUAACUGCCAUAGAAGAAUAAGUGAACAAAAACUUUGGAAAGGGCGUUGUUAUUUAUGACUGGUGAUGGCUUACUGUGUCAAAGCAAAAAAUUCAACUGAGCACUGCAAUAUUGCAUGCCAUGUUAUUAUCCUGUUAUAGUGUGUAUGUAUGAAACCAUAGACAUGUAGGCCUACAUGACUAACCAAUAAAUCAGUUAGUCAAA